UCAUGGAUGAACACAACCCUCCAGCAAAAAUGGUGAAGGGACGCCAAGGAGAGCGUGUCAGACUCUACGUCAGAGGAACUGUUCUAGGUUACAAGAGGUUGAAGUCGAAUCAGUACCCAAGCACGUUGUUGGUUCAGAUCGAGGGUGUGAACACGAAGGAGGAGGUGUCAUGGUACCUCCGGAAGCGCAUGGCUUACAUCUAUAAGGCUAAGGUGAAGGAUGGGUCACACUACCGAUGCAUUUGGGGCAAGGUGACUAGGCCUCAUGGUAACACUGGGGUUGUUCGAGCUAAAUUCAAGUCUAAUCUCCCUCCUAAAUCAAUGGGAGCUAGAGUCAAGGUUUUCAUGUACCCAAGUAAUAUGUGAGUUCCUGCUGAAGGUGUAAAUGGCAGAUUGAGGUCGUCAUUGGUGGCUCCAAAAGGAUUUGCAUCCCAGAUUGAGGUCACUAGCGAUAGAUUGGAUCUGCAUUUUGCUUUGUAGUUUUCUUUUUGGAGUUCGUACUGUUUGUGUC